CAAAAAUAUCCACGAUAUAGGCAGCUUUCUUGCAGUUUUAUGAAGGAUCGGCCAUUCAGCUUAGCAGUGGCGAUUUUGCACUGUCCAACAACAACCAACCAUCAGAUCCAAAGCAAUGAAAGCUUUGAAGUUUGUAACAGCUGGAGAGAAAACAGCUCUGGGCAUUCUGAGCGAGGGAAAUAAAGCUUGCUGCCAAGUGUAACCGCCUUGCAUUACCAGUUAUAUUUAUAGGAGCCGGUAUGUUUUGCACUAAAUCUAUAGUUUUGUGAGGUUAUUUGUGAGGACUGCGAUUGGGGGAGUGUCAGUUGGAGUGUAACAACUACCUUGCAUUUAUAUGGCGCCUUUAAGGUAGUAAAACCUUAAUCCCCAGCGGGCUAAAUGUCACCGGUGUUGUUAAACAAACUAUGCUAAAAUAAGUUUAGGAAUCUGCGGUGUUCCAGCGUGUGACUUACACACCGUAAUCUUGGCAACGUGUUGUGCCUGAUUUGACCUUGUUAGCGGGCGCGCCAGUUAAAACCGAUGCCCCUGAGCCAUUCAGCAGCGCCGAGAGGCGAGGUUGCACGGAGCCAUGGCUGAUUUUAGAUGAAGUGGCUCGCCACUCCUUUUCUGGACGAAGGACGCGGGGUUUAAAAAAAAAGGUAUUUUCCCUGCUCGCAGAAUGCCGGAGAUGUGGAAUGUCUCAGGCCAUAAUGCAGGGUCUUAUGGUGGAGGCUGUGCGAGUAGAGUGCGGGGCGCGGAGCCCGUGUCUAAGCCCCGAGCUAAGGGCAGAGGCAGGGAGAGGAGCCGGAGUCCUCUCAGAAACAUGUCAACCUCAAAUGGCUUUGAGGAGCCGAGACAAGGGCUCGUGCAAGUCAUCGCCAGCACAACUCAACCCGAUAGAAGUGAGGUCCAGUACCAGCUCUUCCGGCUCAAGAGAAAAUUCGAGGAAGUGAAGAAACGCUACAGACAAGACAAAGAAGUCUGGGUGAAAGAAAAGGAAAUGUUACUGCGGGAAAUCGCCCAGAUCCAAACUGGUGAAAACAGAAGAAUUUUACUUGAUCUUAGGACUAUUUUGGAAGGUGUUCAGGUUAAAGUUAAAAAGGAAGAAGAUCAAAGGGCAGAACUGCAGCAUCAGUAUUCCAGUGACAAGUAUGCCUGGGAACUGGAGAGAGCAGAGCUGAAAUGUCGUAUUGGACAGCUGGAAGUAAAGGCAAGUAAACAGUAUGUAGAAAAAACACCCCAAGAAGCAAGAGAAGCAUUUGGAAAAGAAAGAGAAGAGAAGCAGUUGUUGGCAAACAUUCGCUCAGCAGCCAUGGACCUAAGGAAACAGCUGGAGAUCAGUGAGAGAAACUGGGGCAGGGAGAAGAUGGAGUUACUUGAACAAUUUGAUAAUGAAAGAAAGGAAUGGGAAAGUCAACUGAAGGACAUGCAGAGGAAGAUAGAGCAGAUUUAUUGGGAUGUAAAUUCAAGACAAGAUGGUAAAUUGAAUGGACAGAGAACUGAGCAGAGACAAAGAGAAAACACAAGAGAUGAUUGGGUACUGCUCAAUUUACAUGCCUCCAGUUCUGAAUGCAAUGAGCAACAUGAUGAAAAAGACCAGAAUUGUAUGAACAAUACAAGGGCCCAUGGUGCAGGGAUGGAAGAUGUUUUAAAUGAUUCAGAUCAAGGCAUAGGAAAUAGUGCAACUGUUCCAUUGUUUAUUGAGGAAUUAUCACUUGAAAGUUUAGAGGAAGAUGGUAGCAGCCAAAAUUUGAGAAAUAUACAGAAUGAUAAAAAGAAAUUCUCCAGUGCUCUGAAUGCAGCUUUACAAGAAAUAGCAAAAGUAAGUGAAGAAUUGUGCAGUUACCAAAAGGACGUCCAGAAAAAAGUGAGCCACAGAAGAACAAAAUCAGUUUCAUAUCUGCAAGAAUGUAAAGAGAAACAAAAUGAAAAUACACUUUUAAGGAACGAAAGCUCCUGGGAUGAGAAUAGCUGCGUGUCAAAUGACAUACUUAAAGCAUUAAGCCCUACACUCUCAGAAUACCAAAAAUGUCCUGAAGAGCUACAUAAUGAGAAAAACUGGAGUCACUCCAGUAGAGAUAGGCAUGGAAUUUCUCCUGGAAAUUCAGGAGGAGAUGGCCUCAAUGUUGCAUCUUCCUCAAGGAGAAAAGCACCACCAGUUCCACCAAGGACAUCCUCAUGGUACCUUGCAAACUCAUUUUUAACAUUUCCACUAGAUCAGGAAGAUGCUGUGAAGGAAGAUAACAGCGACUACACAACACAAAAUCACAUUGAGGAAAAAAGUUACAAUUGCCCUUACGUUCUGAGAAAAUGUGAAGCCUCAUUGCAGGAAAAUGAACAGAAAUCUUUCAUUGGUGGAAGACAUUUUGAGACUUUAGCAGCACAAAUUAAAUGUGACAUGGAGCCUAAAUGCAAUAAAAACAAUAACCACAGCAGGUGGUCAUCUGAUGUAACCAAACUUGGCUUCGGAACUGGAAACAAUUACUUUGGUUCAGCAGUAAAAACGUUUUCUUCCGAUAACAACAUAAUGUUUCCAACGCAGCAGCAGAGCCUGGAUGGAAACUCUAACAGUGGACUUAGGCAAACAAAACCUCUGUCGCCAAAAUGUAAUCUAACAGAGUGUAACUUUGCAAGCUCUUCAUCAACAACAGGAGUUUGUAGUACCAGUAGUGUGUUUGUACAAUCCACAUUAGAUGUGCCUUCAACACAAACUGGUACCUUCAGAAAAGCUGCUUUAAAAACUGAAAGCUAUGAUCCUGUUGUCUAUGGAAAAUCAGUGGAAUUGGCACAGAUUGAGGCAGGAUCUAGCUACCCAAGAUCUAACUUCUCAUUUCGCUCUGCAGGGAACGUUCAUGCCACCAAACAAUUUUCUUCAAAGCAUACUGGUUCAGCUUUUAGACCUUAUGUUUCACCUUACCUCACUAACACAAACAUAGCGGGACAGGAUAAGCAGAGCAGUGGAUAUCCUAGUUGGAUGACUGACAAUGACAAAAGCAAGAUGUUUGACAAGGUUGACUUGAUUCCUAAUAAUUUUUCCAAACCAAAACCGUCAUCGUAUGCAAAGUCCAAUUUUGAUCUUGUCCGAACAAUAUUGAGGAACAAUGAAAGACCAGCAAGUCCUUCUUUUCAUGUGAAGAAAAAGGUUGCCAAUUGUGCUGAUGGCAGAACAAAGCCACAGACAUCUCAUUCUGGAUCCUUGCAUGAAAAUCCAAAUAAGAUCACUCACCUUUUUCAAAUACUUCACCUAGAUCAAGAAAAACCAGAGGUAAGGAAGAAAUCAGGACCAUCCCGAUGUGUCUCAGGGCAGCAAGCCUCAUUACCUGUGACCUUGCCAACUCUGACAAUGAGUUUAAAUGGGAUGAGCUUUUCACGUCCUGCAAGACCACAGAACCGCCGCUUACCAUCACGAUGGGCAACAAGAUCAUCAUCUGCACCAGCUGUACAUAACAGAGCUGCACAGAAAUGCGAACAAGCUUUCAUAUUUAACAUAAAAACUUCAGUCAUAUAACAUUUCAAAGUGACAGUGCGGGUUAUGCUGCAUUGACUUUCUUAAAUGGUAGUACUUUUUAAUCCUGCAAAACAUCACACAGCAAGCGUCCUACACCUGAUCUCAACAUGGCUUAAGAAGGAAAAGUUUGUUAAAAUUAUGACCGGUAGUCUCCAGUACUUGCAUUGACCAUCUGAAUCUGUACACUUUGCAUAUCUGUAACAAUUAAAUUAUGUCAUUACAAGUUUAAUUAUUUUACAAUGUGUAUUUAUUAGUUAAAUAGUGAAUGUUUAUUUUACAAUGUUUACUGUACAAUUCUGUAUUUUGUUGUAAACUUGUAUAUCAGCUGUAUUCUAUGAGGAGCAGAAAGCUCAGUUAUUUGCAUGCUAAUGUGUUUGUAUAUGCAUGUGUAGUUGAAACUUGCAAUGUCUGUGGGCAUUUUGGUAACACAUGACAUCUAUAUUACCUGCUUAUGAUCAGGAGCAAGUUUCCUUCCAAGCAGGUCUUUUUUUUCCAUUAUUACAUGUGGAUGUAUAAAACAGAGCAAUGAGUCAGCCUCAUAAUUUCAUUUUAAAUGUGUCUUGACAUUAUUACUCAUUUAAGGCACUUUGAAGAACGAAAUGUUGUUCUUAGUUAAGCCUAUUCCCAAAUGUAAAAAAAAAAGCAAAUGUACAAUAUUAAAAAUAAAACUGGCUGUA